AUGCCCGGAGAUUGUACUGAGCUUCCUCAAAGCUUCGCUGGAGAUUGUGGUGGUCACCUAGAGAGUGUGGUGGAACUCUAUACAACUACCAAUCAUAGUGGAAUAUUCAGUACUUUAUUCGUCCCGGUGUGGUUUUUGGGGACGUUGGGGAUUGCAAUCUUUCUUCCUCAGCGGCGGACGCCGAAGGCUUUCAUUAGGUUUGGUAUCUGCACUGCUGUAAUGCUGAUUUACUAUAUGUUGUUCGAUCUUCAUGCCACAUUCGACAUGGCCCACCAACAGUGCGAAUCAGAACCGACAGAAGCAGAGAGGAACAAUAAUCUGCAUGAUUGCGAUUUUUCAGGUAGUGUGCUUGAUUAUGUGAGAGUCGCUAUUCAGAAAAUCGGUAAACAUCAGAAAAUUGCUAAAAACACCGAUAUCUCUCUCUCUCUCUCUCUCUCUCUCUCUCUCUCGGCCAUGGAAGGAAGUAGUAAUAGAGUUGAAGCAAGAAGCUAUUGGAGGUGGAGCAAAAAGGACUUCUUCCCUGAAGAGUCCUUCAAGAACUGGGGAGCCUACAGAUCAGCUCUCUCCCAGACAUGCCCUCGCCUCAAGGACCGCCUCCUCGAUCGCUCCGACGACUCGUACGAGCUCGACGUCCUCCGCCUUCAGAGCGAGAACGACAUGAAACGCUGCCUCACCUGGUGGGACCUCAUGUGGAUCGGCUUCGGCGCCGUCGUCGGCACCGGCAUCUUCGUCCUCACCGGCCAGGAAGCUCGUAACGACGCCGGCCCCUCCAUCGUCCUUUCCUACGCCGCUGCCGGCCUCUCCGCUCUCCUCUCCGUCUUCUGCUACGCUGAAUUCGCUGUCGAGAUACCCGUCGCCGGCGGCUCCUUCUCUUACCUCCGAGUAGAAUUAGGCGACUUCGCCGCUUUCAUAGCCGCCGGCAACAUACUCUUGGAAAGCCUCGUCGGCGCAGCUGGACUGGCGAGAUCAUGGACCUCGUACUUUGCGACGCUCUGCAAUCUCGAUCCGAAUUCGUUGAGGAUACACGCGCACGGGCUCGCUGAAGGAUUUAAUUUCUUAGACCCGAUCGCCGUGGUAGUGCUCAUCACCUGUUCGACCAUUGCAAUGGUCGGCACACAGAUCACGUCGCGUUUGAAUUGGAUCACAUCCGUGUUCAGCGUCGUGGUGAUACUCUUCGUGAUCAUUGCUGGUUCUGUUCACGCCGACGCGUCGAAUUUAUUACCUUUCUUCCCUUUCGGCAUCCAUGGCACGUUCAAGGCAGCCGCUGUCGUGUACUGGGCCUAUACCGGUUUCGACAUGGUAGCUACUUUGGCCGAAGAAACGAAGAAUCCCCCCAAGGAUAUCCCAUUGGGUCUGGUCGGCUCUAUGUCGAUUAUCACUGUCAUGUACUGUGUAAUGGCGCUGGUGCUAUGCAUGAUGCAGAGGUACUCGGAAUUGGAUGUCAAUGCGGCCUACUCGAUCGCAUUCGCGAGCGUGGGGAUGAAGUGGGCCAAGUAUCUAGUAGCCUUGGGAGCUCUCAAGGGGAUGACAACAGGACUACUGGUCGGGUCGCUCGGGCAGGGCCGAUACACUACUCAGAUUGCUCGGGCUCAUAUGAUUCCACCAGCGUUCGCGCUGGUGCAUCCGAAGACAGGGACGCCUAUUUAUGCCACUCUCUUAGUGACCAUAUGCAGUGCCUGCAUUGCCUUCUUCUCCAGCUUGGAUGUGUUAGCGACUGUUUCGUCAAUCAGUACACUUUUCAUCUUCAUGUUGAUGGCAGUCGCAUUGCUUGUGAGGAGAUACUACGCGAAAGACAUCACUCCAAAGCCAGACCUCUUCAAGCUACUUGGUUUUCUAUCAGUGAUCAUUGGUUCUUCCAUUGGUUUAACGGUCUAUUGGAGCUCGGAGACCAGCGGGUGGAUUGGUUAUGCAAUAUCGGUCCCGCUGUGGUUUUUGGGGACAUUGGGGAUUGCAAUCUUUCUUCCUCAGCGGCGGACGCCGAAGGUCUGGGGUGUUCCUCUGGUUCCGUGGCUGCCGUCCUUAUCAAUCGCCAUGAAUUUGUUUCUCAUGGGAUCUCUUGGUUAUCAGGCCUUCAUAAGGUUUGGUAUCUGCACUGCUGUAAUGCUGAUUUAUUAUCUGUUCUUUGGUCUUCAUGCCACAUUCGAUGUGGCCCACGAUCAGUACAAAUCAGAACCGACGAAAGUAGAGAAAAAAAGCAAUGUAGGAGUUGCAGGGUCUUGAUGAUAUGCAAUUUCGAAUAUUUGGUUGUUCGUAUCCUUCCUGAUGUUAUCUGUAAAAGUGGGAAUGAGGGCCAUCGAGAUCGCAUAAAAGGAGCUGAUACUGAAACUAGCAUCUGUCAUUGGGGUCUUAAGUAAGAAUUCUGUGGAAUUUACAAAAUCUGUGAUUUUCAAACAAGUGGUGUUUUCCAAUAAGGGCAACCUGUGUUUGAUUAUAUAAAAAAAAUUCUCUUUUGUUUAGAAA